AAUAAACCAACACAAUCCGUAUUCAAUAAGGAAUAAUCAGAAAGAAACAACACGAUCGCCAUUUUGGUUAGAGAACACACAACAACAACAACAACAAAAAAAUGGCGAUCGUGAGUCCCAAUUUCUGUGCACCCUACCCAAUAGAGUUGGGGAUUGUACGCAAGGUGAUGACUAUAACAGAUGGUAACUUUACUGUCACCGACGCCAACGGCAAUCUCCUUUUCAAGGUCAAAGAGCCUUUGCUUAGCCUCAGCGACAAACGGGUUUUAAUGGACGCAUCAGAUAACCCUAUAUUGACUCUCCGUGAAAAU